ACGAUACAUACACGCCAUCACAAGCCUGCUGGGCCGUGAACGUAUAUAACACCUCGGUGUCUCGCCGUUACUUGGGGUUCGACCAUGUUGAUGAGUGACAAGUGAAAGUCCAGCUUCAGCUCUUCCAUAUCAAACUCGCCAAGAGCUCCCAGGUCCUCUCCAGCCUCUUCUCUUCACCAUGUUGUUCUCCAUGCUCACGGCCGGCGCCUUUUUGGCUGCCUCUGCCUCUGCUUCUGUUACUGCUAAGCCCGUCAAGAAGCCCUUUGACUUUCUUGUGACCUUUGGCGACAGCUAUACGGACAACGGCCGUUUGAAUUACUACAUCGGCAAUGGAGGCAACCCUCCUCCGGCCGGUCAGCUUCACGGCGAGAUCAACGUAACUGCCAGCGGUGGUUUGACGUGGAACCAGUAUGCCAGUCGUCAAGUUGGGGCCAAGCUGCUUGAUUAUGCUGUCAGCGGUGCGACCUGCUCCAACAAGAUCAUCUCGCGGUACUUCAGCGCUAUCAACAGGGACUUCCCAGCUGUCUUGGAUGACGAGAUCCCUUCUUUCGUCGCCGAUACUGCAUACAAGUCCAUUUUCCCCGACAGGACCGCCGACAACACCGUCUACGCCCUUUGGAUCGGAACCAACGAUCUCGGUGGCGAUGCCUUCCUGACCGAGAACCAGCACCCCGGCAAGACUCUGACUGACUUUUCCGAGUGCAUCUGGACGGUUUUUGACACCAUCUACAAGUCUGGCGGACGUAAGUUUGUGCUGCUAAACGUCGCACCUCUACACCUGGCGCCUCUAUACGCCACCAUUGAAAACGGCGGAUUCUCUGGCCCAAGCCAGUUUUGGGCCGGCAAGUCCCAGUACAACGUCACGGAGAGGAGUGAGAAGAUCAAGGAGUACAGCACUACCCUCAAUACCGUCUUCAGCUAUGGCGCUGCGGUCAACACCAAGCUCAAGUCGCGCUGGCCCAAGGCGACCUUUGAUCUCUUUGACGUCCACAGCCUCUUGACUGACAUCCACGAGGAUCCUGCUGCGUAUCUGGAUGCUCCUCACAAUAGCACCGGAUACUUCCACCACUGCCCACCUUCCGGCAGCAACUGCGUUGACCAGACGAGCCUUGGCCCGUUGACCGGUUUCAUGUGGUAUGACGAGCUGCACCCUUCCACCAAGACCGAUUCUGUCAUUGCAAAGCACUUCCUCGAUGUUGUUGCUGGGCAGUCCAAGUAUGGCACUCGCUACCAGGGUUAAGCCGUACAAGUCGAAGACCGUGGGGAUGAGGGUAGAGAUAGGAAAAUGAAGAAAAGUUACAAACAAUCAGAUAAUUGCUGUUGAACUUCUCCUUGUUGGUUGUGCAAGGUUGAAUGUGCUUUACAAUCGCUGUCCGCGUCUUAUGAUGAUGAAAACACAUUACAUACGGCGGAACGGGCUUUGUCUGCACGUCUGUGCAUACAGUCCGAUGCUGGUUUGUUAGCUCGGUACACUACCUUUAGGCACAUCUACUAUACUCUGUCCACAAGACGAAAUUAAUUAAUGGCUGUGUACAAAUU